UAAGCCUUACCCCUAUCUCAUCUAAGUCAUGUCCACAUACUUGUUUCAAACCCAAAGGAGAUAAGGACACUUCCAAAGCCACAAUGGAGAAGAACCUUAUUAUUCUACCCAGUAAACCAUGGCCUCCUUUGUCAAUCCCUUCCCACAGUGCCACUCAAUUUGAGUGGCAUAGUUCAACAAGGGUCCUUGCAAACUCCAACAAUGUCUCUAUGACCAAAAGGUCACACCCAAAGUUGGUGGAUGCCCAGUUGAACCAGCUAUGUGUCAAUGGUCCCCUGAGUGAGGCUGUGCCAAUUCUUGACUCUCUGGCUCAACAGGGGUCCAAGGUGAAACCCAUUACCUUCAUGAACCUGCUUCAGGCUUGCAUUGACAGAGACUGCAUUAUGGUGGGUAGGGAGUUGCAUGCUAGGAUUGGGUUGGUGAGAAAGGUGAACCCUUUUGUGGAGACCAAGUUGGUUAGCAUGUAUGCCAAAUGCGGGCACUUGGAUGAGGCACGGAAAGUGUUUGAUGAAAUGCGUGAGAGGAAUUUGUUCUCUUGGUCUGCCAUGAUUGGUGCCUGCUCCAGAGACCUUAAGUGGGAGGAAGUUGUGGAGCUUUUUUAUGAUAUGAUGGGACAUGGGGUUUUGCCUGAUGAGUUUUUGCUCCCGAAGGUUUUGAAAGCCUGCGGAAAGUGCAGGGAUUUUGAAACUGGGAGGUUGAUCCAUUCGAUGGCGAUUCGGGGCGGAAUGUGCUCUUCUUUGCUUGUGAUUAAUUCAAUUCUGGCUGUGUAUGCUAAGUGUGGGGAGAUGAGUUGUGCAGAGAAGCUCUUUAGGAGAAUGGAUGAGAGGAACUGUGUUUCCUGGAAUGUGAUAAUAACUGGGUUUUGCCAGAAGGGUGAGAUUGAAGAAGCUCAGAAGUAUUUUGAUGCAAUGCAGCAGGAAGGAGUUGAGCCUGGAUUGGUAACUUGGAACAUUUUGAUUGCAAGUUAUAAUCAGUUAGGGCAUUGUGAUAUUGCAAUGGAAUUAAUGAGGAGGAUGGAGAGUUUUGGGAUUUCUCCUGAUGUAUAUACUUGGACUUCUAUGAUUUCUGGGUUUACUCAAAAGGGAAGGAUAAAUGAUGCCUUUGAUUUGUUGAGGGAGAUGUUUAUAGUCGGGGUUGAGCCCAACAGUAUUACAAUUGCUAGUGCAGCCUCAGCAUGUGCGUCUGUAAAAUCACUAAGUAUGGGAUCAGAAAUCCAUUCUAUUGCUGUUAAGACAUGUUUGGUUGACGAUAUUCUAAUCGGUAAUUCACUGCUUGACAUGUAUGCCAAGGGUGGCAAUCUGGAGUCUGCUCAAAGCAUUUUUGAUAAGAUGUUAGAGAGGGAUGUAUAUUCUUGGAACUCAAUAAUUGGAGGAUAUUGCCAAGCUGGUUUCUGUGGCAAAGCCCAUGAGUUAUUUAUGAAAAUGCAGGAGUCUGAUUCACCUCCUAAUGUUGUUACAUGGAAUGUGCUGAUCACAGGAUUUAUGCAGAAUGGUGCUGAGGACGAGGCAUUGGAUCUUUUUCAAAGAAUUGAGAAAGAUGGGAAAAUUAAGCCAAAUGUGGCAUCAUGGAACUCGUUAAUUUCUGGUUUCCUGCAGAGUAGACAAAAGGACAAGGCCUUGCAGAUAUUUCGGCGGAUGCAGUUUUUCAAUAUGGCUCCCAACUUAGUUACAGUGCUGACUAUCCUUCCUGCCUGUGCAAAUUUAGUGGCUGCAAAGAAAGUGAAAGAAAUUCAUUGUUGUGCAGUGCGUAGAAAUUUAGUGUCUGAACUUUCUGUAUCAAAUACAUUCAUUGACAUUUAUGCUAAGGCAGGAAAUAUAAUGUAUUCUAGAAAAAUAUUCUAUGGGUUGUCCCCAAAAGAUAUCAUCAGUUGGAACUCUCUGCUCUCAGGUUAUGUGUUACACGGCUGUUCAGAGUCUGCACUUGAUCUUUUUUAUCAGAUGAGGAAGGAUGGACUUCAUCCAAAUCGAGUUACUUUUGCGAGUCUUAUCGCAGCUUAUAGUCAUGCUGGAAUGGUGGAUGAGGGGAAUCAUGUUUUCUCCAACUUCAGCCAAGAAUAUCAAAUUAGACCAGAUCUGGAACACUAUUCUGCUAUGGUUUAUUUGCUUGGUCGUUCAGGUAAGCUUGCUGAAGCACUGGAGUUUAUUCAAAACAUGCCAGCUGAGCCUAACUCCUCUGUAUGGUCUGCCUUGCUCACUGCCUGCAGAAUUCAUAGGAAUUUCGGAAUGGCAAUCUUUGCAGCAGAACGUCUGCUUGAGUUGGAACCUGACAAUAUUGUAACUCAGCAUUUACUUUCACAGGCAUAUUCUUUAUGUGGGAGGAAUUGGGAAGCUCCAAAAAUGACAAAGAUGGAGAGGGAAAAGGUUGUUAAAAAACCUGUUGGGCAAAGCUGGACUGAAAGGAAUCACUUGGUCCAUACUUUUGUUGCUGGUGAUCAGUCAAAACCAUAUUUGGACAAGCUACAUUCUUGGCUAAAACGGGUAGGUGUAAAUGUCAAGGCACAUACUUCUGACAAUGGACUUUGCAUUGAGGAAGAGGAGAAGGAAAAUGUUAGUAAUGUACAUAGUGAAAAACUUGCAUUAGCAUUUGCUUUAAUAGAUUCUCAUCACACACCUCAAGUUUUACGGAUAGUAAAGAAUUUGAGGAUGUGUAGAGAUUGCCAUGAGACAGCCAAAUUCAUAUCAUUGGCAUAUGGGUGUGAAAUAUAUUUAAGUGAUUCAAAUUGCUUACACCAUUUUAAAGAUGGUCAUUGUUCUUGUAGGGAUUAUUGGUAGAGCAAAAAGAUGUGAAAGAGAAUCAAUGAAUGUAGAAAUAUGUAAAUCUGCCAUAUGGCUCAAUUAUUUAUUAUGUAAAUAAAUCUUUUGUUGAUAUCUACAUGAAUAAAUUAAAUGGAUAAGAUCCAUUAACACGGGGUCUUAAUUUGUAA